AUGUCCACGACCUCGUCCACCGCAGGAGCGAGUCCAUCAUACCCUGACCUGCGCGACAAGGUCGCACUCGUGACGGGGAUCGGGCAAGAUGGGCCAGUGGACAUCGUGGACAACUGGGGCAACGGAGCCGCGAUUGCAUUGACACUGGCACGCAAUGGAGCCAGGGUUUUCGGAUGCGACGUCAAUCUCUCCGCAGCGGAGCGGACGAAGGCACGCAUCGAGGCCGAAGUGCCAAAUGCAGUCGUCGACGUGGUGUCCGCAGACGUGACAUCCUCGUCAGCAGUGCAAAACCUAGUUCAAUCCUGCCUCCAACGGCACGGCGGACGGAUCGACAUCCUAGUCAACAACGUGGGCAAGAGCGAGAAAGGCGGGCCGGCCGACAUGGACGAGGGGACGUUCGAUGCCCAGGUCGCAGUCAACCUCAAAUCCGUGUAUCUGACCUGCCACUCCGUGCUGCCCAUCAUGGAGACGCAAGGCUCAGGCGCCGUCGUCAACAUCGCUAGCAUCGCUGCCGUUAGAUACAUCGGCAAGCCGCAGGUCGCGUAUGCUGCUACCAAGGCGGCCGUCAAGCAGUUCACCAAGCAUACCGCUGUCAUAUACGCGGACAAAGGCGUGCGAUUGAACGCUGUGCUGCCGGGCCUCAUGUUUACUCCACUGGUGCACACGAUCGCGAGUAAAUAUGCUGACGGUGACUACGAUGGAUUUGUGAGGACCAGACAUGCGCAGGUCCCUUCCGGUAAGAUGGGGAGUAGCCGCGACGUCGCAAAUGCAGUGGUGUUUCUCUGCAGCAGCUCAGCAGCGGGAUAUAUCACGGGACAGAAGUUGGUCGUCGAUGGUGGUAUGGUGUCGAGUACGGGACGGACGUGA